AUGAAAGUUGCUGCUUCUGUUGCCACUGCCGCAGCAGAAUCUGCUGCAGCAGAAUCUGCGGCAGCAGAAUCUGCCAGAGCAGCAGGGUUUACGACCAUGUCAAAGGAGAAGUACCAAAAACAAUGGGAGGCCAUUUCCCACAAGAUUGAAAAGGCAAACUCCGAGUUGCUGUGUCUGACCUACGGAUCAUUGGUGAGCCAACUUUUGAAGGACUUCGAACAGGUUGAAGCUGUGAACGCCCAGUUAGAAAAGAUGGGCUACAACAUUGGGGUACGUUUGGUGGAUGAGUUUUUGGCAAAGGCGAAUAUUGGGGCUUGUGAAAGCUUCAGAGAGACGGCAGAAGUCAUUGCAAAGCUGGGGUUGCGGAUGUUCCUAGGGGUAUCAGGGGAGGUUGUUGCCACUGGGCGCGACGACAGAAGCUUCUCCUUGAUUUUGCAUGCAAACCCUCUUGCGGAUUUUGUUGAUUUGCCUCAUUCUCUUUCUUCUCUUUGUUAUUCCAACCUCAUCUGUGGGGUCAUACGAGGCGCCCUCGAACAGCUACGGAUGCGCGUGUCUUGCUACUUUGUUAAGGACAUGCUCAAGGGAGACGAUGUCUAUGAGAUUCGCCUCGAACUCAAAGAGCUGAUGAAGGAAGAAUUCCAGGACGAUGACGAUGCCUAG